CUCACGACCUCUACCGGUGAAGAAUGAGAAAUCAUUGAAUGCGUGUCAAAACCACGAGAAUCUUCUAACUAACUCAUUUACAGUUGUUUUUUGCGCUAGAUGGAAGCGGAUCUACCACAUCGUUCAAUAGAUUAGAGUUGCGGAACCUCCAAACAAGAAUCAAAAUGUUAUCGCGAACGCUGCCGUUAAGGCGGCAGCCCACGUAUGGUAUGAACGGCGAGAUAAUGCGCCUCUUCGGUUGGCAUAGGAAGGAUCCGGGACACAACUGGCCUGCCAGACCAGGACCUGUGAUUAAGGACUUGUUCUCGAUGUGAUUUCUUUUUUUAUAAGGUUUGCAGAUACAUUCAUGGACCGUUGUAGUUUCUCUAAUAUUAUGUCUCCUCAUUUUAUUCUGGUAUCCCGAAUGAAAUGGAAAUCUUCACUUUGUAGUUUCAUAGCGGCAUGGUUGUAACCAUAUUAACACCUCUAACAGCCACUGUCUUUCCGGAGAUUUUCCGUACAGGCACAAGGAACUCGGCGGAUAUUGGACCUUCAUGGGGCAAGCGCCAUAUUCCCUGAUCGAAGCCUUGAAAGGGAAUCAGCCAAUGAUCGGACAGCCAAAAUUACUCGAUCACAAUCAUAAAAUCGCCAGGAAAACCAUUGACCUGAACAGACACCUGAAUGCACAAGGUACAACUUGCUUCCAUGCCUAGGAUCUAUGAUCAUGAAGCGUGAGCCAGUAGAUGAAGAUGAGCUAUUGAUGAGGUAUUUAAUAGAUGUGGUAUUUAAUUUUUAAUAGAAGGGUGAAGACGAACUCGAGAAACUAACUCCGUACCAUGAUCUUUUCAACAUUCCUCAACUUGUGCUGUUUUUCCCAGACCGCUACCACGCGUUGUCUCUGAAGCAGUUGUUUCAAGUUUGGUUUAUCCAGUUCUACGGCGAACGGUUCUACUUCUACGCGAUGCUAAUGCCCUUUUCCGCCAUCGUCUUCAACUACAUGUUCUUCAUCCGCCGCGAACCUCCAGAACACUACUGCGACCCAGAGGAGUACUACUACAACUUUUAUGGUCAUGGUGGAAUAAAAAUUUUUUACUUCUUACAACUAGUCGUGAGAAGGUCGUGAUAAUCCUCUGCAGCACAGAAGCACUCAGUUUCUUUCUUCUUUUGAGUAAAAUAGUUUCUUGAAUUCUAAGGCCAAUGAGAUUGUCGGACGAGUCUUGGUUACACCGCGUUUAGUAUCUUCUAGGUGCUCCUACUUCGAAUAGUUUACAGUUUGUUGAAAAGAUAUAGAUUGCAUUUCUUGUAGCAUUUGAAGUCACUUUUUAGACGAUGUUGACGAAGUACUCUAAUCCAUCGAUCUCUACGCGUACGGAAAGGAGUAUGACCAUCACGCGGUGGACCAUAUGAUCGAAGCACGCUUGGCGAACAAAUGGGGUUACGUGGAUCCGCACACUCAUCAUCACUGAUCUGGAUGCUACAACUACAUGGUUCAAACUGAUGUAAUUUCACCUGAUGUUGUAAUUUCACACAAAAGAUUCUAACAUCACUCCUAAAUUUACACGGAAAAGUACUAGCUAAGUCACGACUGUUCAUUUUUGAAAGGCCAGAACAAGGAGUAAGUAGAUAAUGACGAUAUGAGUAUUUGUGUUGGACAGAUUGCAGCUGGUGGUCGUACUUCUACUUACAACUUCUUAGUAUAGUAGAAACAGCCGCACCUUCAGGGUCGGACUAAUCCCUGGAAGAUGACUCUGACUGAAAAUGAGAAAGAGACCUCCACCAUCGCUUACCAUCGCUUAAUGGAACCGUCUAGAGCUGUGAGAUUAUGAACCGUCUAGAGCUCCUACAGCGUUUACGCCAGGAAAUCAAAGGGGAUACUCUUCCACUAGGAUAUCUUUGGGGCUGGCUUGAUGCUGAAUGAAUCGGUC